GGGAGAGAGAGGGAGGGCUGUGUGGUAGGAGGCUGAGUGUGUGUGCUCCAGUGUUUAGGUGAAUCCACAGAAUCCACAUCCACAGAUCCUCUCGGCGCACGGACACAACCGCCCCACCGAGACCCUCCUCCGCGACAUCCUCUCUUUCCGCCGCUCACUCGCUCCGCUCGCCCGCAGAGACGCCCGGGAGGCAUCCCGUCCCUCCGUCUUUGUCCGUUCCUCUCUUUCUGUCUAUCCAUAGAUUAUCUGUCUCUCCUCUCUCUCUUUGUCCUGGCCUUUGUUCCCUUUGCGUCCGUUCUGUCCUUUAACCUCGGACUGGAGGGAAAAAGCUAAAGCAAGCGAGAAGAGAAGGACACACAGAAGGAAGGAAGGGAGGACAGAAGGAAGGAAGGGAGGAAGGAAGGAAGGAAGGAAGGAAGAGCAGAAUCGGUGGACAUCAGCCAGUAAGCAGGUGGCUGUGUGCUGAUGCUGUAGCCAGUGUGCGGAGGUGACAAAGCCCCUGGUUGAUGCAGUGAAGUGUUCUGCAGGGACAGUACCCGAGCAAAGGUUGCCAGCCAUGGGGAACCUCAUUAAGGUCCUUGGCAAGGAUUUAGAGAACUGUCCGCAUUUUUUCCUGGACUUUGAAAGGGGUCACCAUGGGGAACGUCCUGAAAGUGCUGGCUUGCGCCGAACUUGAGCAUGGCCCAAUAGUUUUCCUAGACUUUGAACAUGCCCAGCCCACGGAGGCAGAGACAGCUGUGUGGAACCAGGUCAGCGCUGUGCUGGAAGAGGCUCAUGGGAUACUGGCCGAGCUGCAGUCCUACAACGGAGCGGGCCAGGAGAUACGAGAAGCCAUCCAGAAUCCAGGCGACUUGGCCCUCCAGGAGAAGGCCUGGAACGCAGUCUGCCCCCUGGUGGCUAAACUGAAGCGCUUCUACGAGUUCUCCCUAAGACUGGAGAACGCCCUACGGAGCCUGCUGGAGGCGCUCACGAGCCCCCCCUACGCCCCCAUGCAGCACCUGGAGCGAGAGCAGGCCCUGGCCAAGCAGUUUGCUGAGAUCCUGCACUUCACGCUCAGCUUUGAUGAGUUAAAGAUGACAAACCCGGCCAUACAGAAUGACUUCAGCUACUACAGGAGGACUAUCAGCAGGAACCGGCUCAACAACCAACAGUUGGAAGCUGAGAAUGAGGUGAACAACGAGAUGGCCAAUCGAAUGUCUUUGUUCUACGCUGAGGCCACGCCCAUGCUGAAGACUCUGAGCAACGCCACCACCAAGUUUGUUUCAGAGAACAAGACCUUGCCAAUAGAGGACACCACAGACUGCCUGAGCACCAUGGCGUGCGUAUGCCGGGUCAUGCUGGAGACUCCUGAGUAUCGCUGUCGCUUCACCAACACAGACACCAUGCUCUUCUGUAUGAGGGUGAUGGUGGGCGUCAUCAUCCUCUACGACCACGUCCACCCCGUCGGGGCCUUCGCCAAGACCUCCAAAAUUGACAUGAAGGGCUGCAUCAAGGUGCUGAAAGAGCAGCCAUCCAACAGCGUGGAGGGACUCCUGAACGCACUGAGGUACACAACAAGACAUCUAAACGAUGACAGCACCUCCAAACAAAUCAGGGCCCUCCUGCAAUGAGUGAUGGAGAGGAGGAGGAGGAGGAGGAGGUGGAGGAGGAGGAGGAGGGGUAACAGGAGGUGCAGAAGGAGGAGGAGAUAAGGCUAGCACCAAUGGCUGACACCCUGAUUGUUUACAGCAAAAAGGAAGGAGGAAAAAAAUAUCUAAAUGAUCCCCAGGUUGAAAAAAAUAGUUAAUACAGACCUGAUGAUAAAAGGAGGAAAAGGAAAUAAUUAUAUAUAUUUAUUGUCAGCUGUCCAUCAUUCUGUCUCUCAUUUUGUAAAACAGAAAACGCCAGAAAAGAAAAACUAUAAAUAUAUAUUAGAAAAGUGCAAGGCAGGGGAACACGCAAGAUGAAAAUAGGUAGGAUCUAAGAAUGAAAAGGAAGCUAUACUGCAACAUGUAAAAUAUAAUGAAAAGGUCAGAGUCACAGACAAACUACACUUUACAUAUUUUUAAAAACAAUAAAAACGGUCAUAUUGCAA